AUGGCGACCAACAUCGAGCAGAUUUUUAGGUCUUUCGUGGUCAGUAAAUUCCGGGAAAUUCAACAGGAGCUUUCAAGUGGAAGGAGUGAAGGACAGCUCAAUGGUGAAACAAACACACCUAUUGAAGGAAACCAGGCAGGUGAUGCCGCUGCCUCUGCCAGGAGCCUACCAAAUGAAGACAUAGUUCAGAAGAUAGAGGAAGUACUUUCUGGGGUCUUAGAUACAGAAUUACGAUAUAAGCCAGACUUGAAGGAGGCAUCCAGAAAAAGUAGAUGUGUGUCUGUCCAAACAGAUCCUACUGAUGAAAUUCCUACCAAAAAGUCGAAGAAGCAUAAAAAGCACAAAAAUAAAAAGAAGAAAAAGAAGAAAGAAAAGGAGAAAAAGUAUAAAAGACAGUCAGAAGAAUCUGAGUCAAAGCCGAAAUCACAUCACGAUGGGAACAUAGAAUCGGAUUCCUUUUUGAAGUUUGAUUCUGAACCUUCAGAGCUGGCACUGGAGCAUCCUGUGAGAGCGUUUGGCCUGUCUGACACCAGUGAGUGUCCCGCAGUUGGGCUUGAACAUCCUGUGGUUUCGAUGGAGGUCUCAGAGCCACACACCUUAGAAACUCUGAAGCCAGCUACAAAACAUACAGAACUGUCAGUUGCAUCUACAUCAGUAGUCUUAGUGCAGUCAGAGGCAGUAAUGCUGGAACCAUCCACAACAAAGAUUCUGGAUUCCUUUGCAACAGCACCAGUGCCUACUACAACAGUAGUGCUAAAGUCAUCUGAGCCAGUGGUAACAAUGUCAGUGGAGUGUCAGGUGAAAUCUGUGCAGAAAUCUUUGGAGAGCGCACCUCCAGAGCCAUCAGAGAUUAUGUUGCUAGAGUUAUCAGAAACUCUUGUGUCAUCAGAGACACCUACUGAGGUGCACCCUGAGCCAAACACGUCAACAACAAUGGAUUUUCCAGAGUCGUCAGCAACUGAAGUGCUAAGAUUGCCAGAGCAGCCUGUAGAAGGACCAUCAGAGAUUGCAGAUUCAUCCAUGACACGACCGCAGGAGAUGCUGGAGCUGCCCAAGACCACAGCGUUGGAGCUGCAGGAGUCGUCGGUGGCCUCAGUGAUGGAGUUGCCGGGGCCACCUGCGACCUCCAUGCCGGAGUUGCAGGGGCCCCCUGUGACUCCAGUGCUGGAGUUACCUGGGCCCUCUGCUACCCCGGCGCCAGAGUUGCCAGGGCCCCUUUCUACCCCAGUGCCUGAGUUGCUAGGGCCCCCUGCAACAGCAGUGCCUGAGUUGGCGGGGCCCUCUGUGACAUCAGUGCCACAGUUGUCACAGGAAUUGUCAGGGCUUCCAGCACCAUCCAUGGGGUUGGAGCCACCACAGGAGGUACCAGAGCCACCUGUGAUGGCACAGGAGUUACCAGGGCUGCCUGCGGUGACAACAGCAGUAGAGUUGCCAGGGCAGCCUGUGGUAACAGUAGCAAUGGAGUUGACCGAACAACCUGUGACGACGACAGAGUUGGAGCAGCCUGUGGGGAUGACAGCGGUGGAACAUCCUGGGCAGCCUGAGGUGACAACGGCAACAGGGUUGCUGGGGCAGCCUGAGGCAGCAAUGGUGCUGGAGUUGCCAGGACAGCCGGUGGCAACGACAGCGCUGGAGUUGUCAGGGCAGCCUUCGGUGACUGGGGUGCCAGAGUUGCCAGGGCUGCCUUCGGCAACUAGGGCGCUGGAGUUGUCGGGGCAGCCUGUGGCAGCUGGGGCACUGGAGUUGCCUGGGCAGCUCAUGGCAGCUGGGGCACUGGAGUUCUCGGGGCAGUCUGGGGCAGCUGGAGCCCUGGAGCUUCUGGGGCAGCCUUUGGCAACAGGGGUGCUGGAGUUGCCAGGGCAACCUGGGGCGCCAGAGUUGCCUGGGCAGCCUGUGGCAACUGUGGCGCUGGAGAUCUCUGUUCAGUCUGUGGUGACAACGGAGCUGUCAACGAUGACCGUGUCGCAGUCCCUGGAGGUGCCCUCGACGACAGCGCUGGAGUCCUAUAAUACGGUAGCACAGGAGCUGCCUACUACAUUAGUGGGGGAGACUUCUGUAACAGUAGGAGUGGAUCCCUUGAUGGCCCAGGAAUCCCAUAUGUUAGCUUCUAACACCAUGGAGACCCAUAUGUUAGCAUCCAACACCAUGGACUCCCAAAUGCUAGCGUCCAACACCAUGGACUCUCAAAUGCUAGCAUCCAACACCAUGGACUCCCAGAUGUUAGCCUCUAGCACCAUGGACUCCCAGAUGUUAGCAACCAGCUCCAUGGACUCCCAGAUGUUAGCAACCAGCUCCAUGGACUCCCAGAUGUUAGCAACCAGCUCCAUGGACUCUCAGAUGUUAGCAACCAGCUCCAUGGACUCCCAGAUGUUAGCCACCAGCUCCAUGGACUCCCAGAUGUUAGCAACCAGCUCCAUGGACUCCCAGAUGUUAGCCACCAGCUCCAUGGACUCCCAGAUGUUAGCCACCAGCUCCAUGGACUCUCAGAUGUUAGCAACCAGCACCAUGGACUCCCAGAUGUUAGCCACUAGCUCUAUGGACUCCCAGAUGUUAGCAUCUGGCACUAUGGACUCUCAGAUGUUAGCUUCUGGCUCCAUGGAUGCUCAGAUGUUAGCGUCUGGUACCAUGGAUGCCCAGAUGUUAGCAUCUAGUACCCAAGAUUCUGCUAUGUUGGGUUCAAAAUCUCCUGAUCCUUACAGGUUAGCUCAGGAUCCUUACAGGUUAGCUCAGGAUCCGUAUAGGUUAGGUCAUGACCCUUACAGGCUAGGUCAUGAUGCCUACAGGUUAGGGCAGGACCCCUAUAGAUUAGGCCAUGAUCCCUACAGACUAACUCCUGAUCCCUAUAGGAUGUCACCUAGACCCUAUAGGAUAGCACCCAGGUCCUAUAGAAUAGCUCCCAGGCCAUAUAGGUUAGCACCUAGACCCCUGAUGUUAGCAUCUAGACGUUCUAUGAUGAUGUCCUAUGCUGCAGAACGUUCCAUGAUGUCAUCUUAUGAACGCUCUAUGAUGUCUUACGAGCGGUCUAUGAUGUCCCCUAUGGCUGAGCGUUCUAUGAUGUCAGCCUACGAGCGCUCUAUGAUGUCAGCCUAUGAGCGCUCUAUGAUGUCCCCUAUGGCUGAGCGCUCUAUGAUGUCAGCUUAUGAACGCUCUAUGAUGUCAGCCUACGAGCGCUCCAUGAUGUCCCCAAUGGCUGACCGAUCUAUGAUGUCCAUGGGUGCUGACCGGUCUAUGAUGUCGUCAUACUCUGCUGCUGACCGGUCUAUGAUGUCAUCGUACUCUGCAGCUGACCGAUCUAUGAUGUCAUCUUAUACUGCUGAUCGUUCAAUGAUGUCUAUGGCAGCUGAUUCUUACACCGAUUCUUAUACUGAUACAUACACGGAGGCAUAUAUGGUGCCACCUUUGCCUCCUGAAGAGCCUCCAACAAUGCCACCAUUGCCACCUGAAGAGCCACCAAUGACACCACCAUUGCCUCCUGAGGAGCCACCAGAAGGUCCAGCAUUAGCCACUGAGCAGUCAGCAUUAACAGCUGAAAAUACAUGGUCUGCUGAGGUGCCAGCAUUACCUCCUGAAGAGUCUGUAUCGCUGCCUGAACCUCCUGUGAGUCAAAGUGAGAUUGCAGAGCCUUUGGCAGUGACUGCUAAUUAUUCAAUGUCAGCAUCAGAGCCUUCAGUGUUAGCAUCAGAGGCUGCCGUGACUGUUCCAGAACCACCGCUAGAGCCAGAGUCUUCAGUUAUGUCAACACCUGUAGAGUCUGCUGCUGUAGCAGAAGAGCAUGAAAUUGUUGCAGAGAGACCAGUGACUUACCUGGUGUCUGAAACUCCCACAACAUCAGCUGAACCAACUGUGUUAACCUCAGAGCCUUCUGUUAUGUCAGAGACAGCAGAAACUUAUGAUUCCAUGAGGGCUUCAGGACAGACUGCCUCAGAGGUAUCUAUGUCCCUGCUGGAGCCUGCAGUACCUAUUGCAGAACCAUCACAGAGCACUGUAGAUCUGCCAGCCAUGGCUGUCUUAGAGCCGCCAUCUGUGGCUGUUUCAGAGCACCCAGGUGGGACUGUUUCAGAGACAUCAACCAUGGCUGUCCCAGAGCCACAGGCUGAGGCUGUCCUAGACCCUCCAGCUGUGGCUGUCCUGGACCCACCAGCUGAGGCUGUCCCAGAGUCCCUGGCCUUGUCUGAGCCAGAGCAUGUUACCAUUCCUUUGCCAGUUGUUUCUGUCCUGGAGCCUACUGUGCCUAUUCUGGAACCAGUGGUGUCUAUCCUUCAACCUAAUGUGAUUGUUUCAGAACCAUCUAGUUGUGUCCAAGAGUCCACUGUGACAAUUUCAGAGCCUCCUGUCACUGUCUCAGAGCAGACUCAAGUAAUACCAACUGAGACAGUUGUAGAGUCUACACCAGUAAUAUUAGAGUCUAGUGUUACAAAAGGAAUGAAUUUACUAUCUGGUGAUCAAAAUAUUGCUUCAGAGAUUGGCAUGCAGGAGAUAGCCAUGCAUUCAGAUGAAGAGCCACGUGCUGAAGGACUCCUGAAGAGUGGCUCUAACGAAACUGAAAAUUGUAUAAAUACAGACCUUAAUAUAAAUAAUCACUUAAUUGCUCAAGAGAUGGAACAUAGCACAGUGUCUGCUGCCAGCACUGGUGCUGUUGGUGAAAUUGGUGAAGAGACAAUUUUGCCUACUAGUGAGACUAAACAAUGCACAGUAUUGGAUACCUGUCCUAGUGUUGGUGAAACUGAGCUAGGAGGAACUCUGUCUUCUAUUGGUCCCCUUGUCCUUGAACCUGAAGCAGUGGGAACUGGUAAGGAUCUUGAAUUUGGCACAGCAUCUGCUCUCAGUUCAGUUAGUAAAUAUGAUGUUGAAGUAUCUUUAACUACUCAAGAUACUGAACAUGACAUGGUAAUUUCCACCAGCCCCAGUGGUGGUAGUGAAGCUGACAUAGAGGGACCUUUGCCUGCUAAAGACAUUCAUCCUGAUUUACCUAAUAAUUUUAUCAGUAAGGAUGCAGAAGGAUCAUUACCUGUACAGGAAAGUGAUCAGAUGUUAGCAGCUGCUGUAAGUCCUAAAGAAAGUAGUGGAGAAGAUAAAGAAGUGUCUCUCUCUACUAAAGAGAUAGUGUCUGAUUCAGGAUUUCCUGCCAGCAUUGAUGAUAUUAAUGAAGCUGAUUUAGUGAGACCAUUACUUCCUAAGGACAUGGAACGUCUUACAAGCCUUAGAGCUGGUAUUGAAGGACCUUUACUUUCGAGUGAGGUGGAACGGGAUAAAUCUGCUGCCAGUCCAGUUGUAAUUAGCAUACCAGAAAGAGCUUCAGAGUCGUCUUCAGAGGAAAAAGAUGAUUAUGAGAUUUUUGUAAAAGUUAAGGACACACAUGAAAAAAGCAAGAAAAAUAAGAACCGUGACAAAGGCGAGAAAGAGAAGAAAAGAGACUCUUCAUUAAGAUCGAGAAGUAAACGUUCCAAGUCUUCUGAACACAAAUCUCGAAAGCGCACCAGUGAAUCUCGUUCUAGGGCAAGGAAGAGGUCAUCUAAGUCCAAGUCUCAUCGGUCUCAAACACGUUCAAGGUCACGAUCAAGACGCAGGAGGAGGAGCAGCAGGUCAAGAUCAAAGUCUAGAGGAAGGCGAUCUGUAUCAAAAGAGAAGCGCAAAAGGUCUCCAAAGCACAGAUCCAAGUCCAGGGAAAGAAAAAGAAAAAGAUCAAGCUCCAGGGAUAACCGGAAAACAGGUAGAGCUCGAAGUCGCACCCCAAGUCGUCGGAGCCGGAGUCACACUCCAAGUCGUAGGAGAAGAUCCAGAUCCGGGGGGAGAAGGAGCUUUAGCAUUUCCCCGAGCCGACGGAGUCGGACCCCGAGUCGACGGAGCCGCACCCCUAGCAGACGGAGCCGGACCCCGAGUCGACGGAGCCGCACCCCUAGCAGACGGAGCCGGACCCCGAGCCGUCGGAGCCGGACCCCGAGCCGUCGGAGAAGAUCAAGGUCUGUGGUGAGAAGGCGAAGCUUCAGUAUAUCACCAGUCAGAUUACGGCGAUCACGAACACCCUUGAGAAGAAGGUUUAGCAGGUCUCCAAUCCGUCGCAAACGAUCCAGGUCUUCAGAAAGAGGCAGAUCACCUAAACGUCUCACAGAUUUGAAUAAGGCUCAGUUACUUGAAAUAGCCAAAGCUAAUGCAGCUGCCAUGUGUGCUAAGGCUGGUGUUCCUUUACCACCAAACCUAAAGCCUGCACCUCCACCUACAAUAGAAGAGAAAGUUGCUAAAAAGUCAGGAGGAGCUACUAUAGAAGAACUAACUGAGAAAUGCAAACAGAUUGCACAGAGUAAAGAAGAUGAUGAUGUAAUAGUGAAUAAGCCGCAUGUUUCGGAUGAAGAGGAAGAAGAACCUCCUUUUUAUCAUCAUCCCUUUAAACUCAGUGAACCCAAACCCAUUUUUUUCAAUCUGAAUAUUGCUGCAGCAAAGCCAACUCCACCAAAAAGCCAGGUAACAUUAACAAAAGAAUUCCCUGUAUCAUCUGGAUCUCAACAUCGGAAAAAAGAAGCCGAUAGUGUUUAUGGAGAGUGGGUCCCUGUAGAGAAAAACGGUGAAGAAAACAAAGAUGAUGAUAAUGUUUUCAGCAGCAAUUUGCCCUCUGAGCCUGUGGACAUCUCUACAGCAAUGAGUGAACGGGCACUUGCUCAGAAAAGACUCAGCGAGAAUGCAUUUGACCUUGAAGCUAUGAGCAUGUUAAAUCGUGCUCAGGAACGGAUUGAUGCCUGGGCUCAGCUGAACUCUAUUCCCGGCCAGUUCACAGGAAGUACAGGAGUGCAGGUUUUGACACAAGAACAGUUGGCCAAUACUGGUGCCCAAGCCUGGAUUAAAAAGGAUCAGUUCUUAAGAGCAGCCCCAGUAACUGGAGGGAUGGGAGCCGUUUUGAUGAGAAAAAUGGGCUGGAAAGAAGGAGAAGGAUUAGGAAAAAACAAAGAAGGAAAUAAGGAACCUAUCCUAGUUGAUUUUAAGACAGAUCGAAAAGGUCUUGUUGCAGUAGGGGAAAGAGCACAAAAGAGGUCCGGAAACUUCUCUGCUGCAAUGAAAGAUCUAUCAGGCAAACAUCCUGUGUCUGCCUUGAUGGAAAUCUGUAAUAAGAGAAGGUGGCAACCACCUGAAUUUCUCUUGGUCCAUGAUAGUGGCCCUGAUCAUCGCAAACAUUUUCUCUUUAGGGUAUUGAUAAAUGGAAGCGCUUACCAGCCCAGCUUUGCCAGCCCUAAUAAGAAGCAUGCUAAAGCCACAGCAGCUACUGUGGUUCUUCAAGCAAUGGGCCUUGUACCAAAGGACCUCAUGGCUAAUGCCACUUGCUUCAGGAGUGCCUCACGUAGAUAG